AUGCAUGAGACUGUUGUACCAUUGGAAUCAAGUCCGGAUGUCUUUACGAAUUUUGCAAGGCAACUAGGUCUUAAUUCCCAAAUGGCCUUUCAUGAUAUAUAUUCUUUAACCGACCCCGAACUCUUAGCCUUUUUGACAAGGCCAAUGAGUGCUAUAAUACUUUUAUUCCCCAUUAAUGAGUUAUUUGAAUCCUUAAAAGACCAUUCAACUCCUCUAGACUCACAGUCAACUCCCGUUAUUUGGUUUAAACAAACUAUUAACAACGCCUGCGGCAUGUAUGCCUUAUUUCAUUCCCUAGCGAAUAAUAGAGAACUUUUAGAGGUAGAUUCGAAAUUUAAUAAGUACCUCAGUGAAAACAAGAAGGCAGAUGGUAGGUAUGGGGGCAAAGAUAGCAUGGAUUUUGUAUAUUCACUUAGCGACCUUUACAAGACCAAUUCUCAAAUGGGACAAACUACAGCUCCGGAUCCUGCUGCUGCUGUUGACUUGCAUUUUAUAACAUUUGUUGAGCAUGAAGGAAAAGUCUACGAACUGGAUGGAAGAAAGUCUGGUCCAUUAGUUUUGGGUUCUGCGUCUUCGAAAGACCUCGUUGAUGAACCGCUAAUUAAAACCCGCGUCAAAUGGUACAUGGACAAUGCAGAUGAGAAAAUGAAGCACCAAUUCUCCUUGCUGGGGCUGGGCCCUUCAUGGGAUUAA